GGGCUAGAUGGAAGUAAAACUAAAAGGCAAAAGAGUGCUACACCAUCAACUCAUCGUCUCCAAAACCCUAGAUCGAUCACACCUCUCUCUCCUUCGCUGCUGCUUCAAUUCUUGCAGAUCCUACCUUAGUCCUCACCUUCACCACUCAUCUCUUCUGCUCUCUCUCUCUCUCUCUUUCAUUCUCUCUCUCUACCCAACUCCCUCACCUUCUUACUCUAUAUAAACACCUCUAUUUCCCACUGAUCGGCAUCCCUUUCACCAAGAAUCUGAUCAGCGAGCUUCUAUUUCUCCCUUCUUGUUCUUCUUCUGCAGAUGAGUAGAAAUUUCAGCUAGCUUAAGUCUAAAGAAAGUAAGGGAGUCUGGAUCGCAGGCAUGGAAAGAGGCCUCUCCGUCUUGAUCCUCAACACCAGGAAAAAGCCAUCAAGGGAGAAGGAGAGGAAGAGCCCAACCAACCUUCCUCCUUCUUCUCCAUGUCCCCCUCCUCCCCACAUCCAUUGUUCUUCCCCACCUAUGCCACCAGUGAACGUGCGCAGGAGGACAUGUCCGUCAUGGUCUCCGCCCUCGCUCACGUGAUGGGGACGUGCAACACAGCCUCCGGCGGCGGAGAGCAGCCGCCAAGCUCUGCCGUCACUGCCGCCAGUGAACCAGAAGAAUCUGCUGGGAGGAAGCACUACAGAGGGGUGAGGCAGCGGCCAUGGGGGAAGUGGGCGGCUGAGAUCCGGGACCCGAAGAAGGCAGCGAGGGUGUGGCUCGGCACGUUCGACACAGCGGAGGACGCCGCUCGAGCAUACGACGCCGCGGCACUGAGGUUCAAGGGUAGCAAGGCCAAGCUCAAUUUCCCGGAGAGGGUCCAGGGACGGGUGGACCUAGGGGCGGCGUUGCACCCUGCUUUCGAGCCUACUGGACCAGCCUCCCCCUCUCUGGUGGCUCCGGCGCACAACGUUGCCUACCCCCACCUGUUCCAGUACGCUCAGCUUCUCAGUGGCAUGGAGGACAAUAUUCCGUCCAUGGCGCCGGGCCAUCUGCCAUCCCCAGCAGACCUAUAUCCCCACCUUCCCACUUCUUCAUCCUCGUCUUCGUCAUCUAGGGGCAGGAGGAGUACGUCUCGCGGUGCAGAUAGAAUGUGAAGAGAGAAAUGAGGCGCGGAGGGAGAUCGUCUUUUGCUAUAACAUUGGAAGCUCGUCUCUCUCAGUCACAGUUCACGUUUGCUUUUUGAAUUUGCAAUGGUAUUUGCUGCGGUUUAUUUUGCGUAAAAUGUCUGAUGGUUACGUUGCAGUUGGUGCUGCAGCUGUUCUUUGCCAUGAAAAAACUAUGAAAAGCAAGGCUGGUUUUCGGUUUUCUUUUGCAUCUCUCUCUCUCUCUCUCUCUAGUUUUGAACUUUAUGCUCAAACUGCUUCAUGGCGCAAUUUAAUUUCUUGGGCAUUUG